AUGGGCAGUACGGACCGAGGCGGAAUUGCCAACGCCUGCCCCGCGCCGUGUUCCAUCAACGACCUGGCUCGAGGUAGCCGGACGUGUGUUCAGAUCGACAGCGUCUCAGAAACAGUGCAGAUCACCAGGGUUAGUUGCCAACCCUGGGGCGAUUGCAGCGCUGGGGCGUCGAUGAAGAUCUGUCCGUCCGGUGCCACUGUGCCUGUUUGGCAGCAGUGCCAACUUGGCCGGCAGGCCAGGCCGAACGUCACCUCGGAGAUACUGGAGAUUUCAAGAAUGAUUCUCCAGAUGUCCACGAUCCGGGCGGAUGCUCACACUGCCUUGGCGAACGCUGAGCUGCAGCUCCGUUAUCUGGUGGAGAUUCCCACUGGGAUGCUGACCGCGCUUAGCCUGGUGGGUCGAACUCUGACGUUCACCAUCUCCGGCCCAGGAAAGCAGGCGUCAACGCGUCGCCUGCAGGAGAUCAGCUCGGCGGCGUGGGAUGAUCCCAGCGACCUCAUGGGCCGUUUGAGGGAGGAGGUCCUGCGGAGAAGCAGCGGCGCGCUGCGCGUGCUGGAUCCCAUUGGCACCCUUUCUGCUGGCAUCAGCAUCGACACCCAGAGAUACACGUGGGAGCCACUGGAUGCGCCGGACCCGCCCACCAACAGCUUAGAGACUGCGGAGGGCCCGGACAUCGCGCUGGUGGCCGUGCUUGUGCUGGCGUCCAUCGCGAUGAUGUGCCUCGGCUGCCUGUGCAUCUGCCGUGCGCGUGCCUGGUGUGCUGCCAAAUCGCACAGCAAGACCCCGCCGGAGGAUUCCACGGCCCUGGAGGCGCUGGCUCGGGUCAAGCAGUUGGAGGCAUUUCUGGUGCCUGGUGGGUCUCAGGGCAUUCAGGAGGCUGGGGAAGAGGCUGAGGAAUCUCAGCUGGAGGAUGCCCAUGUGCCGGCCGAUCGCCCGCCGACGCCAGUCGCUCCUCAAGACACCACGCCCACGCCGUCGCAAAGGAGACACCUUCUGGUGUCUGGCCGGUUCAACAGCAGCGAAAAGUUGCGGUACAUGAAGCGGGUUAAGGAGUUGCUGGAUUCCAAAGGGGUGCCCACCUUCAUGGUCGAUGCAGGAGGAGCUGGCGGCACGUUUGGGGAUCAAACUGCUCUGGGCCUUUAUCGUGCCAAGGCCUUGCUGGCUUUCUGCACAGAGGACUACGGGGCAAAGACAGGGGCGCAAUACGAGACGUACGUUGAGCUCAAGUACGCGUACCAGAAGCAGCUGCGCAUUAUUCCCAUUCGGCUCUGCGAAACCUACCCCCCACAGCCGGGGGAUGAAGAGGGGAGGGCUCAGAAUGACCUGGUACUGCAGACCGAUCUGGUCCGCAUCGAGGAUGUGGGCAUGCAGGACCCCGACCGGGUCGCCCAAGAGAUUUCCGACGUUUUCGCCCCCGAGGUUUCUGCACGCGCUGAUCUGGAAGAGCAGGUCUCAUUCCACCUCGAUGAUGAGCCCGAGCCUGCACCUGCUCCUGAAGGCCAUGGGCAUGGGUUCCGCGGAUCCUUGGAGGAUGACCUGAGGCGUGCUGCGAAGCCCGUGAAAAUCGUGAUUGGGUUGUGA